UGGCAUGCUCUCACUCUGGAUGUUUUUCAUCACUUAUUCAGACAGAACAUGGCCAUCCUCUCUCUUGCUAAAGAUGAAAGACAGUUUGUCUCUCCAUCAGAAGCUGUUUUCCCCUGCAAUGGCCCAACAAGCACCAACAUAUUGUCUGCCAUUAAAAGGGCUUUAGUGUCAUGUGGAGAAAAUCUUGUCACUUUACCAGCUAGUGUUGCAAGGGCCAUAAAUGAGGUCUACCCAAACCCUACUACCCUAAAACAUGUGACUCCAGCAUUCCUCAGGGCCAUUCUCCACAGGACCGGUGUGGAUAACAUCACCAAAGACGACAAACUUAGUCUUUUGGAGUACAUUUUAGGUGAUGAACAAUACAAAGAACUUGAGGGUCUUCACCUCCUUCCACUCAGUGAUGGCUCUUUCAGAUAUUUCACAUACAAAGAGGAAGACACCGCUUUGAUUGACAGCCAUGAAUGUCCAAGAGUCUUGCUGCCAUUCUGUAAACCCUUCUUCAUCCCACAUGAUCUGACACCAGCCUGCAGUGCCCAUCUGAAAGAACUGGCCAGAAGAAAUUUCUUCAAGGUCACCAACAUUGAUGUAUCCCAGUUGGCUGAAUAUGCAAGACAAUAUUUGCCACCAGACUGGAAGCAGACAGGGAAAAACCUUGUUACAUGGGACAACAACAACAGUCAGCAUCCACCUUCAGACUGGUUCCAAGAAUUCUGGAGGUUUCUCAACAGUCAUUUUAAUGAGUUAAGUCCUUUCACUGACAUACCUCUAAUACCAGUUAGUCCUCUGUCUGGCAGCCAGACUGUAUCAGUAGCAAAACUACAGCAGAACACAACUCUGAUCUUUCAGAAAAGUAAACAGCUGAAUUUGCCAGACCAAAUAGCUCAGCUGGUGAACAAAGUUGGUGGCACAGUGGUGAGAGGAAAUGAGUGGCUCAGGCAUGUAGACCUUGACUCGUACGUGCUGUCCCCAUCUCCAAGGAGUGUUUUGAAGGUCCUGAUGAAUUUAGAUUUCCAGCAUCUUGUCACAGAACUCAAAUCCGCCUCUCACACAGCACGAGAAGAACUGAAAGACUAUCUGUCUUAUCUGGAUUCUCUCUCAAAAACAGAGAAAGAUUUUCUCUUGAAGUUGCCUUUGUUUCAAACCAUGAAAGGAUUCAGUGUUGCAGCUCAAUCAAAACAAGCUGUGCUUCUGAUCUCAGGCCUAACAUUACCAACAGAGCUCCCUAUGCCUGAUUCCAUAAUCCAGUGUUCUACUGAGACUGACCGCAGACUGUUACAGCUGCUCAAAGUUCAUCUCUUGGACACCGCCGAAGCAGCCAAUGUUCUUGUUGACAGCAUAAGGAAAGGCGCUUGCAGCAGUGACAACACUAACAAAACAAUGACUUGGAUUUUACAGCAUG